UCUUCCAUGUGUGAGGAUGCAAUUCCUUGUCAGCAUGUCCACACAUGUCAUCCUGUUCCCAGCCCUGAAUAUAAGCCUACUCCCACUUACCUGCGUCUCUUCGAACCUACCUGUAUCUCUGGAAAACAAGCACUACCUCAGCAUUUAUUUUAACAUAAAAAUCCCAGAAUCGGCAAUGAAGUACACAAACACCGAGGACAUCAUAAAGAUUUUGGAUGAGGCCCCUGCAGCCAGGAAAGCUCUGCUGGACAACCACAGCAAUCUCAACAAAGUGGCCGACUAUUGUGAGGACAAAUACUCAAAAGCGGAGGACACAACAAAGGCAGUGGAGGAAUCCAAAGCUCUCACCAAUCAAGCCCUGGCCAGUGUCGCCUACCAAAUCAACACACUAGCAGCAAGUGUAUUAAGACUACUAGAUGCCCAGACUGUUCAACUCAAGCAGAUGGAAUCAUCAGUCAAUAUUCUAAGCAUGACAGUGGACAUGUACAAGGAGAAAGUAGCACGACAGGAGAUUGGUGUCUUCACUGCUCCAUGCAAAAUCCCGUUUGCUCAGAAAAUGGCUUCUCCAGCAAAACCUGAGGAACCCAACCUUGAAUAUGAGCGUGUCCAAAUAUCCUACACCAGUCUAGACUCAGUCGGACAUGGAGUCUGGGAACGUUCCAAAACCGCCACAAAUAAACAGAGUGAAAAACAAACAACUAAUCAACUGCCAAACUCAAAUGAAGGAGGGCCACAUUUUGGCUCUAGCAUUGGUAUCGCUGUUCCUCCACCAUCAGUUCCCAACUGGGUUAGUUUGAAAACCACAGCUUCUUUAGCCACACCAGUCUCCCUCAUGCCACAGCUACAGAGUUUUGAUUAUGAUAAGCCACAACCACCUGCUCUUCCACCCUCUAGUGAUACUGAUGGCCAUCCUCCUCCACCACCACUUUUUCCACAAAGUAGUCCAAUAGCUGUAAUGACACCAUCUCUUUCUCCAUUUAGCUCUGCUUUUACAGAAUCAUUUUUACCACCACCCCCAACUCUUGAUACUGAGUUUAUGGCUCCUCCACCUCCACCUCCAUCUCCUCCUCCUGCCAAUUCUGUGUCACCUCCACCACCUCCUCCUCCAGAGUAUAGCUCCAUGGCUCCACCACCCUCUCCAUUUCCUUCUCCUAGUAUCGGAAAGUGUCAUGUUGCACCACCUCCUCCACUUCGCUCUACUCCUUUUGCGGGAAGUUCUCCUUCACCCUCUUUACCUCCACCACCUCCUUCUACUCCUGGACAUAGUAAUGCUUCACAUCUUCCUCUUGGAUAUAGUAAUGCUCCACUUCCUCCUCCUCCUCCUCCAGCAUAUAGUAAUGUUCCACCUCCUCCACAUCCUCCUCCUGGAUAUAGCAAUUCUCCUCCUCCUCCUGGACAUGGUAAUGCUCCACCUCCUCCACCUCCUCCUCCUGCAUAUAGUAAUAUUCCACCUCCUCCACCUCCUCCUCCUGGAUAUAGCAAUGCUCCUCCUCCUCCUGGACAUGGUAAUGCUCCACCUCCUCCUCAUGCAUAUAGCACUGCUCCUCCUCUUCCUGGACAGAGUAAUGUUCCACCUCCUCCACCACCACCUCUACCACCUCCUGGAAAAUCUUUCAUUCCUCCUCCCCCUCCUCCACCUCCAUUUUGAACCAUUAUAUGUACCUUGUUUAAAAUAAUAAUAGGAACCUGCUGAAUAUCAAAACCACUACCAUAUUCUCCAGUCAAUAGCUGUAUAAACUUUCAAACCCAAGUGUAUUUCGCCAUAACUGCCACAGGAUUGAGGUAAAAUUCUAUCUAAAAAUUAUUAUUAUAAUUAAUAGUAUUAACAAACUAGUACAUCUGCCUAAGACCACCUCAACUUUAAAAAUACCCCUAGAUUUCAUACAAAAUUAAUAAAAAAAAUGGUGUGUACACUAUAUAGCCAAUAUUAUGAGGACCCUUAUCAUGUCACACAUAUGUGCUUGUUGAACAGGCCAUUCUAGUAAUUCUAGUCUCCCUUAAGUGCUCUAACAGUUUAUAUUAUUUUGAGAAGGCUUUAGGAGCAUUAAUAUAGGGAUUUUAUGACCAUUCAUUCACAAGAUUAUUGGCAAUGUUGGACACUGGUGUUGAGCAAGAAUGCCUAUUGUGUCAUUGGCAUUUCAGUCCUUGUCAAAGGUAUCCAGAUUUUUGAGGCCAGGGCACUGUGCAGAUGAGUUUUCCAAUCCAGCCUUGGUAUAGCUACGUCUUAAUGGAAGACACUUUGUUCUGAGGUAUUGAUCACCAUGUUGGAACAGGUUUUGAACCCCACUAACUAAAUCCUAACAGCACAGCAUAUAUUAUGCUUUCUGUUUUGUUGCAACACUUUGAAGCAACAUAUGAAUGUGAUGAAACUAUUUAAAAAAGCUAUGAGGAUUGAUUCAAACUAGAAUACUGAAUCCAUUAAACCCAUCCGCUCUAAAACUAAUUUUGUUAUAUUUUAACACAAAUUAAGUCAUAACAAAAAGUAAAUCAGCAGUCAGCAGCAAAUUCUUACAUUAUAAUGUUAUAAUGACUGAUAUGUAGUUUAUUCCUAAAGAUGAAAAUAUCUGUGACUUCGUUUAGCUUGACUAAUAUUAACAUUUCAACAUAAGUUGUAUAUUAUAAUAAAGGUAUAACAGAUAUAUAUAUAUAUA